ACGCAUGACAAGACAUUGUCGUAACAUCUCGCGCCUUCCACACUCCCUCCCCCCUUGAUUAAAAAUGGAUUAUUCCAGUUUUCUUCUAUAAAAUGGAGAGUUCUAACGGCUGCUAAUCACUGCUUCCAACGGCCAAGCUUCUAGUUGCUGACAAAUUUCCUUUGGCAAUUUUCAACGAAGUGAGUUCUCGUCGUUUUUAUCAACGAAACCAAAAAGCAAGCAGACGGCAAAUAUGGCGGAACUCUUGACGGUUUUGCAGAGCAGCAACGGCUCCUUCAAGUCCGACCUCAUGCAGGUCUUCGUGGCCAGACUGAAGGGAGACUACUCCAAGCCCGGCGCCUCGCCUGGACCCUCCCCGGCCGAUGUCAUGACAUCCAAGCUGAAUCAGAACGUCAACACCGGCGCCUGCAUUUUCACCGCCACUUCCCCGGCCACCACAACCACCUCCACCACCUUCCACGAUGAGACCGACAACGCCAACAUCCUGCAGAGCCAGCGCGUCACGGACAACCAGACAACGACAACGACAACCACCACGACCACCGACACCAGCACCAUGACGGACAACGGCACCACUCCCCUGAUUCUGCAUCCCCGCGACAAUUCCACCACCACAACCACCGCCACCACUACCACCGACACCGACACCAACAUCAACGCCAACGUCAACAUGAACCGCGUGAAGCCGGCGCCGACCGUGGCCUCGCCAGACGUCCCCGACCGCAACGCCAACGUCUCGGAGGUGGCGGCCAUCUUGGAGGAGAUGCGCGGGGAACUGUCGGAGACUCGGCGAGCCUUGCUGCAGCAGGUGACGGAGUCGACGGUGGACGCCCACCUGGCCACGUGCAGCAACACCCACAAGGUGGUGCAGGAGGCGAGGGCGCGCUUCCUCGCCCUCAAAGAAACCGGCGGCCUGCCCGACCUCAGCAAGCUGUCCCUCAGCGCCUCCUCCAUGUGGCAGCAGUUCACAUCCCAGAUGGUGCCCGAGCUCAUGAAAUGCAUCAAGUUUUGCAAAAUGCUUCCAGGCUUCAGCGAAUUGUCGAUGGAGGAUCAAAUGCACCUGAUCAAACAGGGGUCGUUUGAGGUCAUGAUCACCCGCUUCUGCAUGUUGGUGGACCACGAGAAGGAGACGAUGCUGGACCCCACCCACCAGAUGUGCUGUCCGAGACAUAUCGUGCGAGAGAUGCCAAUGGGUCAGUUUCUUGAUGGCUUCUUCUACAUCGCCUCCAAGUUCAACCCCAUCGGACUGACAGACAGCGAGAUCGGACUCUUCACCGCCAUCCUCAUCUUGUGCCCGAGUCGCAAGAACUUGACGGACGCCAAGGUGGUGGCCAAGAUCCAGACCCUGUACCAGCAGGCUCUCUUCAAACUCAUGAAGCAAAACCACACUGACUACGAGGCCAGGUUCACACAGCUGCUGGGUGUGGUGCCGAUGUUCCGGCGAAUCAACGAGGAGCACUCGAAGGCACUGAGCGCCAUGAAGAUGCAAGCUCCCGAGAACUUCGACAAGCAGUUCCCACCCCUGCACAGGGAGCUGUACGACGAGCGGACGUAGACUGUUAUCAUCGAUGACCACCUCGAUAAGCAGCAUGGGACAGUGGGGACUCCAGACACAGCGACAGCGCCCUCCGUGGUAGCGACCGUUACCCUCCGUGUUAUCGCAUCACAGUCAGGACAGUUACAUGUAACGUGCACAACUGUAUAAGAUAAUGCUACAUAUUGCGAACAAAUAAUUGACAAGAUAAUUUAUAAUAUUUGUAUCACGUGUACGAAUUACAUUACCGGUCAGUUGAAGAAUCGUCAGUCGGUGGUGUCUGGGAAGGUGACUUGUGUCAGUCGUGUAAGUGUUGUCUAAUGUUAACAAUAUUUCUAAUGUCAAAAAAAUUGUGUUGUGUUCUUUUGACUUUUCUGUGAAAAUUAUAUACGCCUUCUCAAUGUCUAUAAUGUUGUUUAUGUUGAUAUUGUGAGGGAAGAGUUUUAAAAAAAACCAACACAGAGUAUCGAACUGAGGAAAAAUGGAAUAAAAACAAAUGAACUGCUAUAA